CUCCUUCGUUCAACCACACGCUACCUCCUUAGAUUUCUCUCCACCUUUUUCUUCUUCUUACCCUAAUCGGCAUUCUUUCCCAUACUUUCGUCUCAAUUCAUUAUUGCAUUUUCACAUCCUUCUCUUCUUCUAGUUUUUCAUUUUGGUUUGGUUUUGGUUGGAUUGUCGACGUUAUCAUGUCAACAAGUGGUGGCGGCAACCAAUUGAUAUCUGUUCAUCCCGAUGAGCUCAGGUUUAUAUUUGAGUUGGAAAAGCAGAGCUUUUGUGAUCUUAAAGUCGUGAACAACACAGAGAAUCAUGUUGCUUUUAAGGUAAAAACUACAUCACCUAAGAAGUACUUUGUAAGGCCAAAUUCUGGAGUUAUACAGCCUUGGGACUCUUGUAUUAUCAGAGUUACUUUGCAAGCACAGAAAGAAUGCCCUCCAGAUAUGCAAUGCAAAGAUAAAUUCUUGUUGCAAAGCACAACAGUGCCUCAGCAUACUGAUGUAGAUGACCUACCUGCAGAUAUAUUCACCAAAGAAAGCAAUGGGAAGGUGGAGGAGUGCAAGCUAAGAGUUCUAUACAUUCCUCCCUCGUCAGCUCAAGGGAAUGGAGAAGAAGAUGGUCUCACAAGCUGUAGGCAGAGCUUCGAUGGCAAUGUAGCUUUGCAAAGACUAAAAGACGAAAAGGAUGUUGUUGUAAGUAAGACACAACAGCUGCAACAAGAACUAGAUUUAUUGAAGCGUCGAAAAUAUCGAGAAAAAGGCCCAGGAUUCUCUAUCACAUUUGCAUUGGUCGCGGGGCUUAUCGGCAUCAUCCUUGGCGUAUUGAUCAAACAUUGGUUUUCUUCUCCAUCAGCCAUAGAAAAUACAGAAGUUUUGACAGAGAUUUUGACGCCACCGCCAAAAUUAUAACUCGUCCCAAACGUUCCGGAGAUGCCUUCCCUUCUUCUUCGCAGAAACAGAGCAACGCCCGGGAUUUGCCUCCCCUCUUUCCUCUUGCACGACAGCGACAGCCACAGCAACACAACAUAGCAGCAGGUCAGGUCUGAGUGAUGUGGUUUUGUGAGCAUGCAGGUGCGGGCAGAGAAACUGUACGUGAUAGAGGAAGGGAUUCUGGAAGUCAUUAGCAA